AAUUUUAAAAAAAAAUUGUUAGUGUCAAAUGACAAAAUAAAACAAAAAAACAAGCAUCGCUACAAAUGUGGAAAAUUGCUUGAAUGUUGAAAUAAAACAGAACUAAAACCAAGAAUCGACAAGAUUUAAAACUAUUGUAAUAGCUUACUGUGGGAAUGUAAUCAUAAUUUUCAUUUGUUUUUACAUAAAAUCAUAAUUAUUGUAAAAAGCCUUCAUCAUGGAAAAUCAUAUUCGAUGCUUUGAUGAUAUCUCUAAACAAGUUUUUAAUGAUGAAGGGGUACCAACAAAUUCAUCAUUGGAACAGAAAAGUGUAGAAAAUUUAAUUUUGAAAAUAUACAAACAAUUUGAACAGAAUGCCUCAAUUGAUCCAGACUUGCCUAGACUUUACAAGAGUGCUCAUGCUAAGUUUUUAAAGAAUGCCUUAAUCAAUUUAUCACAAAGCUAUACAUGUUUAGAUGCAAGUAGACCUUGGUUAAUCUACUGGAUUUUGCAUGCGUUGUGGGCUUUGAAGGAUAUGCCUGAUGCAGAAACUCUAUCGCAUACAGUGAGUUUCUUAUCUAAAUGUCAGCACAGUGAAGGAGGGUACGGUGGUGGCCCAGGGCAGUAUUCACAUCUGGGCACAACAUAUGCAGCUGUUAAUGCCCUAAGUAUAAUUGGUACUGAUGAAGCCUACAAUUCAAUUGAUAGAAGUUCAUUACAAAAAUUCCUUUGGACUGUUCGUGAAGUGGAUGGUUCAUUUGCUCUUCAUAGAGGGGGAGAACAGGAUAUUAGAGGUGCCUAUUGUGCUGUAAGCAUUGCUAAAUUAACCAACACAUUCACUGAGGCAUUGUUUGAUAAAACAGCAGAGUGGAUAACAAGUUGUCAGACUUAUGAAGGUGGAUUUGCUGGGUGUCCAGGAAUGGAAGCUCAUGGAGGAUAUGCAUACUGUGGAAUUGCUGCCCUAGGAUUAUUAAAUAGAACCAAGCUUUGUGAUUUAGAUGCAUUAUUGAGGUGGUGUGUUAAUCGUCAGACAUCUGUUGAAGGAGGGUUUCAAGGUCGAACUAAUAAACUUGUUGAUGGUUGCUACUCUUUUUGGCAAGGUGCUAUUUUUCCUAUCAUUAGUGCAAUAUUAGCUCAAGAUCAUCCAGAAAUGAUAGAAACAGUACUGUUCCAUCAAGGAGCCUUACAGGAAUAUAUUAUUGUUUGUUGCCAAGCUCCUGAUGGAGGACUUGUUGACAAGCCUGGAAAGCCUAGAGAUAUAUACCACACUUGCUACACACUAAGUGGUUUGUCAGUUGCUCAACAUGGCACAGGGGCAAAUGAUGCUUAUGUUGUUGGGACUCAUCACAAUGAAUUAAACCGGAUUCACCCUUUGCAUAAUAUUGCUCCUCAUCUUGCUUAUAAUGCUCUACAUUAUUUCAUUAGGCAUCCUCCACCGGUGAAGGAUAAAAACUAACUUCAGUGAUAGUUUUUUUAUGAUUCUUAAAAUAUAAGUAAAAAAUGCUUAAACAAUGUUUGGUUUAUAAGACAAAAAAAAAAAGAUACAGUUUCCUUAACUUUUUUGUUUGUAACAAAACUCAUUGGAUUACAUAGUUUAAUAAUAUGUUUCAAAUAGAAUCAAUUUGUUUCUAAGUUCUCACUUAUCUGACUAGAUAAAUGUUUAAAAUAUAAUUACAUUGAAUACAUUCUAUUUAACAUUAUAACUUUGUGUAUUAAAGAUUAUUCCAUUAUGAAUUGCUUAAUUUUGUUAGUAGCAAUGGUAAUUUAUAAUAUUAAGAAGCAAGUAUAUGGGUACCACUAUUUUCACUGUAGUGUAUUCUUUCAUAGAAAUGCGAUUUUGUUUUUAAACAACAGGAAGCCUUUUUAUUAAUUUCAAUGUAUAUGUAUGUAUAAUUUUUUUGCAUCUACAAAAUUUAAAUGUUAUCUCACCUUAAUAGAUGAAUUAAUUUAGACAGUACUAACACUAGGAUGAAUUAUUGUAAAUAAGGGCUAAAAUGAUAAGAACUUUAUAUUAAGUACUUUAAAUUAUAUUGUUGCAUUUCAAACAAUAAUUUUCAGUUUAAGUGUUUGAUGCAGCCUAGUGAUAUAUAAGGUCUAAAUUAAUUAUUAUAUAAUUUACAAACUCAGUAGCAGACCUGUAUGUAAAUACUAAAAUAUUAAGAUGUAAAUCUGAAUAACCAUAAUCAUAAAGAACUCAUAUAUGUAUUUUAAAUCCUUAUCAUCAAAAUGGCCGGUGAGAUUGUUAAAAAUAAAUCAGAGCACCUAUUUUUCACACCUAUACUUAAAUUGUGUGCUUAUGUAAAUUAAAUGUAUGUUUUUAUAAUUAGUAUGGGACUGCAAAAACAUGAUUUUUCAUAAAUUAAGUAAAUAAUUACUGUAUCUUGGUCUAAGAUAUGUUAUUACAUCAAUAGUAUGUUCAAUCUUACCACAAACUUGUAUAAAAUUAUUUGGUAUUGCAUAGCUAUUUCAACCUUUCUUAUGGCUAAAAAUAAAUAAAGCAGUUUUUACUAAGGCA